AUGGCUGCCCCUAGUGAUCAAGGCAAAGAAGAUCAAUGGUCCCAGGAGGACAUGCUCACUCUCCUGGAAACCAUGAAGUCCAUUCUGCCCAGCCAGGACAGUUUAAAGUUCAAAACCACAGAGUCUCAACUUGACUGGAACAAGCUGGCCUUCAAGAAUUAUACGGGACCCGUGUGUCGUCAAAAGUGGAUUGAGAUCUCAACUAAGGUGAGGAAGUUCCGCACUCUCUCAGAAGUUAUUCAAAGUGCAGAAGAACAUGUGAAGAACAAAUAUAAAGGAAAAAAACUGAAGAAACACCCCAAAUUCCCCAAGAUUCCCCUCACAUCCUAUAUGCGCUACUUUGUGGAGAACAGGGCCAAAUACGCUAAGCUACAUCCAGAGAUGGGCAACGUGGACCUAACCAAGAUGCUGUCCAAAAAGUAUAAAGAGUUACCAGAGAAAAGGAAGAUGAAAUAUAGUCAGGAUUACCAGAGAAAGAAGCAAGAAUUUAAGAGGAACCUGGCAAAAUUCAGGGAGGAGCACCCAGACCUCAUGCAGGCUACAAAGAAAACAGACGUCCCUGAAACACCAAAAACAGCUGAAGAAAUCUGGCAGCGGACUGUAAGGAGGGUCAGGCUGAAUAACCGAGCUAAAGCUAUCACGUGCAUGGAGUCCACUUGGUUGAACAUGGAAGAAAAUAAGAAGAUCAUAUGGAUUAAAAAAGCUGAAGACCAGAAACUAUCUGAGAUGUUGUAA